AUGUCUAAGAUCGAUAUCUUUUCUUGGAAGUACUUGAAGCGUUCGCUCUCUAAUUUACACAUCACCUCUUGCGAAUCUUGCGACCUAACAAGUAUGGAAGUGAAACGUCAAGGUGUAAGAACACUCAAACAUAAGUCAUCUUCCUCUCUGAUCACAGUUGAUCUUUCGUCUUCCAGAGCCUUUAUUCCUUCUGCAAGAGCCCCCCAAGCACCUACAAGUAAUCUCCCUGUUACAUUACCCAUAGCGCGUGAAAAGCCACACAAAAGAUUUCUACACCGAAAGCUCCAUUGCACAUAUUCUCCCAAAAAUAAGGGAUUCCAGUCAAGAAAGCGCCACUCGAAGUCAUCCUUUUCGAAGAACGAGAAAUGCCGCCCGAAUACGGAUGCCGACACCCUAGUCCCUGAUACUACUCAUGCGGCUUCGGUAUAUUCUUCAAACAAGUCAAUUCCCGAAGAGUGGUCAGAGCACGAAGAUAAAUGGGGAGCACUUAUUUACAUUUUAUCUUCCGCUGAGCACUAA